AUGCGAUCACUACAAAGCAACCAGAUAACCACCAUUGCAGACAACGCCUUUAAUGGAUUGCCAAAUUUACAGACACUAUCACUACAAAGCAACCAGAUAAGCACCAUUGCAGACAACGCCUUUAAUGGAUUGCCAAAUUUACAGACACUAUCACUACAAAGCAACCAGAUAACCACCAUUGCAGACAACGCCUUUAAUGGAUUGCCAAAUUUACAGACACUAUCACUACAAAGCAACCAGAUAACCACCAUUGCAGACAACACCUUAAAUGGAUUGCCAAAUUUACAGAGACUAUCACUACAAAGCAACCAGAUAACCACCAUUGCAGAUAACGCCUUUAAUGGAUUGCCAAAUUUACAGGCACUAUCACUACAAAGCAACCAGAUAACCACCAUUGCAGACAACGCCUUUAAUGGAUUGCCAAAUUUACAGGCACUGUAAGUUUUUGAUCAAUUUUUUUCAUUUGUCAGAUUAAAAGAAAACUUAAUUUAUUAGCA